UUAAACCGUGACGUGGGCAAGCUUCUAUCUUAUCGCCGGCUAUGCCGUCACUCCACUUAUCAACGGUUUCUACCAUGCUCUGUUCAAGCGUCCAAAGCAGUUUGCUCACCAAAGUCUAAUCGGCUUUCAUAAAGUGAGCAGACGUUUCGUGGGCACGGUAAAAGCAACAAGUAUCGUCAUGAGCCUCCCGAGUGAAUACAGGAAGCUCGUUUGCGUCAAGGUAACUUCCAACUUCAGAGAAGCAGUUUCUGUCGUCACAGAACAGACGCCUAAACUGGGGUGCGGCGAGGUUUUGCUGAAGACCAAGUACGCCGGUAUCAACGCUUCGGACGUGAACGUCACCGCGGCAAGGUACGGUGCAGCGACACCGCCUUUUAACGUCGGCGUCGAGUCCGUGGCCGAAGUGGUUGCCGUCGGUGAGGACGUCAAACAUCUCACCGUCGGCAGUGCGGUGGCUACAAUCAACAUGCCCGGUUUUGGUGCUUUCUCCGAGUAUCAACUUAUCCUGGCGUCGAAGGUGUUUCCGAUUCCGAAAGCAGUGCCUGAAGUUAUACCGCUUCUAAUAAGUGGACUGACUGCUGCGAUAGGCUUGGACGAGCAAGCUAGGAUAAAAGAAGGCGAAACCGUCUUAAUAACCGCAGCCGCCGGAGGGUUGGGCCACAUCGCCGUGCAGUGGGCAAAGGCUGCGAAGUGCCACGUCAUCGGCACAUGUUCCUCGCCAGAGAAGGAGGCGUACCUCAAGAGCAUCGGUUGUGACAAGGUAAUAAACUACAAGACACAUGACCUAGGCGAGGAAAUAGAAAAGUUCGACCCGAACGGUGUGGACGUCAUCUGGGAGACCAUCGGUGGCAAGACGUUCGAAGACCUCCUGGAUUAUCUGAGCGACAAGGGAAGACUUGUGGUAGUGGGAGCCAUUUCAGGGUACCAGGGUUGCGACAAGGCUGUUCCUGAUGUAAACCUCAAGGACUUGCCUUCUAAGCUGCUGCUGCGUUCGGCCAGUGUGAGCGGAUUUUUUCUCCCGCAAUACUCUCAUCUGUUUCCAGAAUAUCUGGCAAAGCUCCAAAAGAUGGUGCAGGAUGGCACGAUCUCUCCUAAGUUGGACUUCGGGCUCAACGCAAAUGGAGGCGAGCUGAAGGGGCUUGACGGCUGCGUUCGGGGCGUCGAGUACCUCCACUCCGGAAAGAGCGUCGGCAAGGUUGUCGUGAAGUUGGACGAAUCCUUGUAGACGUUGUAACCUGUUGCAUCAUAAACACUUUCACUUUACAGGUUGUGGUGAUGUAACACUGUACCCAUGCAUCUUUUUUUAUUACGCGUUCGUAAAGAUUGUGUUGUGUGAAAUAACAAGCAAUGCCGAAAUUAGUAAUAGUAAAAUAUUAUUGGGACAAA